UCAUCUCUUCAGUCGUUUGUAAGAAGAUUAAAUUGGUGGAGAAGGCAAUGAAAUUGCAGCAGAAUAAAAUGCCGAAGAAAAAGAUUCUGUGUCCGGUGUGUUCUUCCAAACUAGUUCUGAAGCAGAUAAAUCUGGACACUGCAGUGUAUCUGUGCUUGAAGAGUGAAUGCGUUUAUCCGCAGGGUCACGAUUGGAUAAUGGUGACGAGGAGUCUGUCUGAGAUGUAUGAUGAUAAUCAAAGGAAGCUGAAGAGGAGGAGAAUCCUCAACGUCGACAAGUUCUUGGAUACAAUAACGGGUGAACCGAUCAACCCAACCGGCAAUGAUACCAGUAUCAUAAACGAUCUGAAAAGCAUUGACAAUGAACAACAGAAUUCUUCUUUUGUUCCCGCAGUGGGAGAUGCGAGCCUAAUGGAUUGCGACAUAAUGAAUCAAACUGAACUGUGCAACGAAUUCAACUUUGAUGAUAUGAUGGAUGAGUGGGCAUCCAAACCCACUUCUUCAGAUCAAGUUGACACCAAUGGGAUAGAGUUUGAUUUCAAUGAGUUCAUGCAGGAUUUCCCAGCAACAAAUGUUGAACCACUACCACAACCAAAUGGUAAUUCUAAGAAAGCAGAUGACGUCCCAAAAUGGGAUGACGACUCUCGUAUAAAAAGGAGGCAAUCCGAUAGUCCCAAGAAGGCAACGGUUGUGAGAAGAGAUGCCGAUUUUAAUACUGCUGUUUUUGAUUUGCGCUGCAGACGCGUCUUCGUUUGCGGACUACGAGGAUAAAAUCGAAGAGAUCCAGCAUGCCGUUUGCAGGAUAGCCACGGAGGAGGUGCAGGCCACCGCGAACGCGACCAUAACGAGACAAUUGAAGGGAAUCUGCACGUCCAGUGAGUGUUAAAAAAAAACA